AUGCAGCUAUUCGCACGGCCAGGCUCGACAUGGCCGCUCAUCGCAUUCGUCGUGGCGUCAUGGCCGACCAGCGUGUGUGGCAUGACCGCUGAAGAAGUCACAAAUCUGAGACAGGAAACUGUCGACCUCUUCUACCACGGCUAUGACAAUUACAUGGCCCAUGCCUUUCCCGAGGAUGAAUUGCGCCCACUGUCCUGUCAACCACAGACUCGCAACCGCGACAAUCCCGCCGACAUUGGUCUCAACGACGUCUUAGGAAACUACAGUCUGACACUGAUCGAUUCACUUUCAACAUUGGCGAUCCUGGCGUCGGGCGAGGUCACGUCGGUCUCGAAGAGAAAGCGCGAUCCACUUCGGGACUUCCAGAAUGGCGUUAAGGACUUGGUCGGGCUAUAUGGCGAAGGAACUGAAGCUGGGCCAUGCGGGACGAGAGCGUGUGGUUUUGAUCUCGAUAGCAAGGUUCAGGUAUUCGAGACCAACAUUCGUGGGGUCGGGGGACUAUUGUCUGCGCAUUUGUUCGCAAUGGGAGACCUACCGAUUCACGGAUACAAUCCGACCUUCCAAAGAUCCAAACGAGGAGGCGAAUAUGUACAAUGGAAGAAUGGCUUCCAGUACAGUGGACAACUGCUCAAUCUGGCAUACGACUUGGCCUCGAGAUUGCUUCCUGCCUUCAACACAACCACGGGAAUUCCGUAUCCUCGAGUCAAUUUGCGACACGGCGCACCAUUCUACCAAGCGAGUCUCGAUCGCAUUUGUCGACUCGAUGGCAGUUCGUCGGACGUUCGAGAGAUCACCGAGAAUUGCGCGGCAGGAGCAGGCAGUCUUGUGCUUGAAUUCUCCACACUCAGCCGCUUGACAGGCGACAUGCGUUUCGAAAAUUUUGCAAAGCAAGCAUUUUGGGCCAUCUGGAAUCGUCGAUCGUCCCUGAAUCUUGUCGGAAAUGGCAUCGACGCAGAAGAUGGGCAAUGGACUUCGCCGCCGCUGGCCGGCGUGGGCGCAGGCGUGGACUCCUUUUUUGAGUACUCCAUGAAGUCUUACAUUCUAUUAUCCAAUCUGCCAUACGACCACGGCCAAGCGGAGGCGCAUAUUCCAGAGAACUUUUUGCAUGUAUGGCAGCAAGCACACGCUGCAGUCAAACACCACAUCUAUCGUGACGGUGCACUAGAGAAACAUCCUUUUUACAGUCAAGUCGAUCUUGCGAGCGGUGCGCCUCGUUACACAUGGGUCGACAAUCUCUCUGCAUAUUAUCCUGGUUUGCUUGUCCUCGCCGGCGAGGUCGAGGAAGCGAUUGAAUCGCAUUUGCUUUACACUGCGCUCUGGACACGAUAUGGGGCGCUGCCUGAAAGAUGGCACGCUACAAAUGGUUGGAUUGAUCCCCACUUCCGUCAUUGGGUUGGCCGUCCAGAAUUUAUUGAGAGCACUUUUCAUCUUUAUCAGGCUACACGCGACCCUUACUACCUUCAUGUAGGCGAGAUGGCUCUAAGUGAUAUUCGUCGGAGAUGCUGGACAAGCUGUGGCUGGGCUGAUCUCGCUGACGUCGAAACUGGUGAGCAGCGUGAUCGCAUGGAGAGCUUCUUCCUUGGCGAAACAGCAAAAUACUUUUACCUUCUUUUUAGCGAGGACCACCCCCUCAAUAAACUUGAUCAGCCUGUGGUCUUCACAACCGAGGGUCAUCCUUUGCUGGUGCCGCGCAGCGCAUCACGUGCGAUACCCAAAACUCCAGCUUUCAGCCCGCCUCAGAGUCACGGACGAUCGUCUCAGCGCGUUGCGCAGACCUGCGCCGCUCCUCCAUCUCCUUUGCCACUCACGAAGUCUCACGUUGCAAAUCGUCCGGAUCUCUUUCACGCUGCUGCAAUGGCACAACUACAUCUAGUUACUGUCGACGCCACUCGCCCUUCGCACGUGGAGCCACCCUCGGCGAACGGCCCUGGUAUUUCCCUCAGCGACAUCAGCAGUCCCACUAAUUAUACUUUCUACCCCUGGACUUUACCUGCAUCUCUCGUACCAGCCAAUGGGAGAAGCUCGAGUAUUAGGACCGCCAUCCUUAGCACCUUGACUUUUCCCAAUAUACAAACUGUCUCAAAUGGUCAAAACGACCCUGUUGCCAGACUACUUGAGUCAGGAGGUAUGGUUCCGCCGCAAGGUGCUAUUCAAAAGUUGACUGAUGGUCUGUUGAUCACAUCAUUAUCCAAUCUACGCUUAAACCUGGUACAAGAGGUCAAGAGUUACCUUUUACCUGCUGGAGACAGUGUUGACGUGAACGAGUAUCGAAUCCAAGGAAUCGCCAACUGGGGAUUGGGCAAAGAUGAACGCGUCCUCAUUACAACAGAUGCGCUCAGCAACCUAGGCAGUGACAUCAACGACGAACAUUUCCGCAGGGUCAAGGAUCUUGAGAAGGUAGACCUAAUUGUGGACAUCCCGAUCAAGAAAAGGCGUCAUGGCGAUACAAACAGUGAAUGGAUGUCUACAGAAGAGGUACUGGUCAACGCCCGUCAACCUAUUGUUGCGACCAGCACAUUCGAUGUAUUGUGGGAUGAGCUCAAUUCUGUUCUGGGUGGCCUGCUCGCUAGCAUCAGUGGGUCCAUGUCCAGAGCCGGGACGGUCGACGUAAGCUCGACAGCAACGCCUCCAGAACACACUUCUGGGGUGGUGGGAAACCCAUCCGGUACAUCACUUGAGGCAAGUCUCAGCGCUACACCGACUUCGAAACCUGCCUCCGCUACGUCCACUUCUGGACAUCGACCAUUUCUUCAACGACGGUUUGUUCCAGCAUUUCUCCCGUCAGGGCCUGGCGCCGCGCCUUUGCCUCUGGCACUUGACAAUUUCAACCUGGUCGCAGCCUCAAAUAGAGGUAACGGUUAUCUUCCGCUUACGAAAAUCUUCUUCUUGCACAGCACCCUAUGCAAGCACGUCCUACCCGCCUCCAUUGUCAUGAACUAUUCCGUGCUCGUUGUGAAAAGAGGCGGCUGUUCUUUCAGCGAGAAGCUGGCAAACAUACCUGCGUUCGUCCCCAGAUCGAACAGCGGUAAAGUAGACAAUCCCGACACGAGAGGGCUACAGGUCGUUUUAGUAUUGAACGACUCCGACACGAUUUCCGAUGACCACGACGAGAGCAACGAACACGACGACGACGACGACGAAAUGCACCACCUGCUCAUUCGGCCCUUCCUCGAUCAACCUCAACGCACACCCAAUGGCUUCGAACGCCGCUAUGGCAUCGCCAUGCUCCUUGUCGAUGGCGGUUUCCGCGGCUCCGUUGUGCGCCCGGCACCUCCCGACAAUGCACACCAAUACUUACGUGACGAGCACGUCGAGGAGGAAGAAGAAGAACCAUUUUUCUCCAACGCCGAAGCGCUCCGCCGUCUGGCUUUGCGUGAAGGGAAAUUCGACACCGAAGGCAAAGUUGUGGAAUGGGAUGGGGAAUUCAAUAUUAUUGAGGCUAAUGACCAUAAAAUCCCUCGAAAGGGCGCAGCGAUUCGCAGAAGAUAUUGGUUUGAAAGCUUGGGUAUGGUGAUCUCGAAUUUGGGCAUGUUUUGA